AUGACGACUGCGGAUUCCAAGCAACAGCCUGCAGUAGCAGCAGCAACCGCACGUCAAAAGGACUCUCAAGCGGAGGGCAGCUUGCAAGGCAUAUCGGCUGCAGCAACCCACCGUUAUGUACCUGUGAGGGCAAUCAGCGAUGGCCAUGGCAGCAGCAGCAAUAUCAGCAGCGGCACUCAGGAUGCAGGGGUAGACCGAAGUAUCCUGGUAGAUCCGCAGAGGCAAUGCGAUCUUCAGGAAACGGAGAAGCGUUUUGCGGAGCUUUUAGAGCGUCGUUUGGAGGCCUGGAAGAGCCGCUGCCUGCCCGCGGUGCCUCUCGUGCUGCAGGAAGUCUGUCAGAACCCCAGUAGCGUCACUGGCUCGUGCGGCGUGUGCGUGCGGCUGGUGGAUCUUAGUGUCUUGCAGUCUGUGAAAGCUCCCGAAACUGAGGUCGAACUCGUUGCUUUCUUUCUAGAAUUCGUAUAUUGUGUCUCCUGGGGGCUCCUCCAUCCACAAGGGGCCGUCGCCUUCCUCCAGCAGCACGUGCUACCCCGCACGGUGCUGCACCUGCUGCAGCUGCUGCAGGCUGUCCAUGACUUAGCCAAGGCGGAGCGCGCAAACGAGCAGCAUGCAGCAGCAGCCGCUGCCGCUGCUGGCGAAAAGGCACUCCAGGAGAGCAGCAGCCGACAGGCAACUGACACCCCCGCGACGGGAUUCACAGAAACGUGCCCAGCAGAAGCGCCAACAGCUGAACGCAGCAACACCCUGGCCUCCGAGGGAGCAGCAAAUUCGCCUCGAGUGGUUGCGGAGAAGCGUCUGGCGGAGGAUUCUCAAUUUCAGACUUUGACUGCAGACGUCUCAGCGGCAGUCUCAGGAGCCACGGAGGAGGCUGGCAAGGCUCCAGCAUCGGUGGCGUUCCCGAAGGAUGCAGCCUUGAUGGACGGCUGCAUUUCCUUUGCUUCUUGCUUCAAUGGAGCGCCUUCUCACACCACGCUCAAUUUCGUCAAGGCGGCAGCCUUCUUAGCCCAUGUUUUGGGCCCCCUGGGAGGGGGAACCGCCAGACUGGGGGGCCCCCAGGGGGCCUCCGAGAUCGGCAGCAGAAGCAUUGGAAAGCAGCUGCCGCAGCCAUUCUUGGCGAUGCUGCUGGAUGGCGUCACAGAGUGCGCGGAUCUCAUUGCGGGCAGUGCAAGCAGUGCGAAUGCACGGAAGGCGAGGAGCACGCUGGCUGCCUUUCUGCGGCUGCUGGAGCUCCAGGGCCUAGCAACGUCUCAAGACAUCUGCGGAAUUGUCUCGAGCUCCAGACUUGAUGAGAUGCAGUGGUCUAGGCUGCCUGCAGGCGUCCCCUCAGGAGGCGUGAGAGGAGCCCGUAGGGUGAACGAGCUGCUGGUGAAGGAGCGAACUAAGCGGAAGUUUACACUUACGGUGCACAAUGCGGCGAGGGAGCAUAUAGCCCUCUACGCGAGGAUGCAUGCGCUGCUUAUUGAGUUUGCAGCACACCCGGAGAAGCUGCCAGUCGAGGUAGCGGCGCACGCAUUUCGUGCGGUGGUAAGCAACGGCAAUCUCUGUCCUUCUCGCUCUUUGUCGCUGCUGCUGGGAGUCUACGAGGACUAUCUAUGGGCUCCGAAUCAGCUGCUGCCUCUGGUGCGCCUUUACGCGAACUCCAAAGUGAGGGAGGUAGUGGGGUUCACGCUUCACCUGUACGCCGACGCCUAUAGACAACACAGGCUACAGCCAGCGGCUAUGCCGCAGCCACAGCUGCCGUGGGGCAGCGGCGUCGGCAGCAGUCCCAGCAAGAGACAGGAUGCGUCCACAGUCCGGAUGGUGGAGGAGGCCAUGGGUGCUCUCAAGACGUCUGUGACGUGCAGCACCGCCAUGGGGCCCUCGAAGGAAUUCUACGACCUUUUGGCUCUCCUGAUUAUGCGAGGGGUUCUCUCCCUCGAGGAGCUCUACCCCUACUUGAUGCCAACCGACGCCUCUCUAGCGCUGCUCGCCGAUUGCCUGGCUGUCCGCUUCCGCGAGGCUUUAGCGCUUGCCAAGACGGGCACUCUCCAGUCCCCCCCCAAGUGUUCAGGAGCAGCUCUAGCGGCAACACCAACAGCACACCAACAAAAUGGAGGCCUUCCAGGCGGAGCUGCGAUGUCUCCGCAGCCGCAGCAGCAGCCGCAGCAGCAGCAGCAGCUGCCUCCAAGCGCGCAAGGCUAUGCUUCGUCUGCUGGGACGUAUGCCUCCGGAAACGUCGGAGGGGUCCAGCAUUUCGGAGGGUCCUACGGAAACUCCCCUCUCGCCUGGGGAGGCACUCCCGCACGGGGAGCUCGUGAGGACUGGAGGCAUCAGCAUCAGCAGAAACAGCAGCAGCAGCAGCAGGAGCAGCAGCAGGGGAGAGAGAGUCCUUCUGCAUCCUCCCUAGCUGAUUCCACUGCCGCCUCAGGGAAUGUGGCAACUGAAGAGGCCGCAGUGUCUGCUGCACUGCCACCGCAUGUGGAGCAUCUGUUGCAAGGGGCGGAGAAGACAUACCGGGCCUCAAGGGAUUGCUUCUUUCGGCUGCAGCUCCCUAAGCUCGAGCUUCUGGCAUCGCUCCUGGAUUUCAACGCGUUCGAAAGCGCAGAGCAGCUGCUGCUCCAUUUCGCAGGCAAACUGCGGCUUCUUGUCUCGGGGAACUCCCGCGUCUACAAGAGUCUCGUCCGAUACAUCAGUUGGCUGAUACACCCCAUUCUGAGGGGUCCAGAGGCCUCUCUGCGGGAGAUGCUGGAGGCAGCCGCGAAGACGCAGAAUCUCUCCGCGCGGCAGUCGGAGGGGGGUCGUAUUUCUGGCAGCGUGAACGACGACCCUAUAGACCAGCCAGUGCCUUCGGGAGACGCGUUGGAGGCUUUGCGCAAAGCCGCGGAAAACGAGUCGACUUUCAAUCCUUGCAGAAUCCCUCGGCUGUGGUUGGGCGUUCUGCUGCCUUCCCUGAGGCCGUCUGCAGAAGCAGCCUCUGGUACAGAAGCGCGAGAGGAGUUUAGAGCUCAGGGGCUCAUGCAGUGCCAUUCGUUUGACGAUUUUUUCCUGAAGGCCGUUCCGCUGCUUCGGCUGCUUCACGCUUCCUUGGCGUUCUCUCCGCGGCUGCUGUUAGGCGUGUUGAGCAUCUGCAAGGAGUUUGCAGCGGCUGUAAAGGCUGGCUGCGAGCCGCGGGACUGGCGCUACGAAGAGAUGGUCUCCUGUAUGGCGGAAGCGAUCUUCCCAGCAGUGUCACAGGUGCUACACGGGGCACCCUUGGUGAAUGCGCUCUUGUGGUCGGUGCUAAAGGAGCUGCCACCUCACAGGCGGUAUCGCAUGUACGACAGAGUCAUGCAACUGUGGAGAGAGGAGCACUGCCCCCUGGCUUUGAAUUAUGAGAUCGCCCGCAUAAAGCUACGGAAGCUGCUGAAGCGCUUGACCUCGACUAUCUUCUCUAAAAAGGCGAAAAACAGCGACAGAGGCAUUCUUGCGGAGAUUGCGGCGUUGUCGCUCACGGCGCCGCUCCCUCUCGCCGAAGCCGCUAUUACUCAAGGAGACUUCUUCGACGGCAACAUGGUGCAGACUCUCACCGAGGCUACGCGAAGGGUAUCCAGUGUGGCGGCAGACGUGUUGGCUUCGCGCUUCAUUCAACGCCAGUUGCAAAGGAGAGACAGUGGAGGCGAAGCAGACGGAAUUACUGUCUCCCGAAAGCUCUUAAAUCGAGCUGCAAUGGCAGGGCAGUUCUUCAGGAUCCACAAGGAGACCGAUCUGCGUCCCCUGCUGCUUUCUACUGUCACCCGGAUGUGGUGUGAACUGCACACGAAGGAUGUGCAGCAGUUUAGGAAGAGACGAGUGGAGGAGCUCCCCUCAGACGGAGAUGCGAUGGCAGUGGACGGGGAGGUGCCGGAGGAUCUUGUCGCGGGAGGCUUGCUUGUCAGCAUUGCAGGCAAGAACCGCAAUUACCCUAAUGAGCUCGCAGGGUACAUCCGAGACAAGGAAUACAUCGAGAGACUCUUGGAGCUGGUUGGAGGCUGUCCUCGGCUGCCGGAGGCGGGAGCGCUGACCGUUGAUCAGAUUUACGCGCAGGCAGGUGGUCCUCUGCUGAAGGCGGAGGUGAUGCUGGUAGGAGAUGAAGACUUAGCCGUUGACGUCCGUGCUCAGCGUGCCUUGUCGGAUGCCUUAAGGGAUCCUCGGUUGCUGCUGCCUUUGCUGCUAAUUCCCGCGAAAGUGCGAGCUGAACUUCUCUAUGACGCGGAGUGCAGGACCUCUAUGCAGGCAUUCGCUGCCGCCGUAGACGACCUGCAGAAGUAUCACCUGCAGUUGCUCGAGUACCUCAGUCGCUCCUUCAGUCGGGAGACGUACAAGACGCUUCUGCCCCCUCAUGAGGUUCUCUUUGCCUUCCUUAGCCCGGCUAUGGCGUGGAGCUUCUUAAGGCCUGCGCUCGAAGACUUUCUUACGAUUGGAGGCGCUCAAGGAAGCGGCAGCAGCGGCAGCGGAAACACUAACAACAAUAGCAGCGGCAGCAGCAGCGGCAGCAGCAGCGGAAACACUAACAACAAUAGCAGCGGCAGCAGCAGCGGAAACACUAACACUAACAACAAUAGCAGCGGCAGCACAGCAGCCGGAGCUUCGGGUGUUGCUGCAGAUGAUGGAUGUUCAAGCCCGUCUAGCGGCAGUGUAUCGACAGCGCUAGUGGUAGAGGCCUCUUUUACAGGUGUCGUGUUUUGCCGCUUCCUCCCUCGAGGGCGCCUCUAACGCGAGGCAGCAGCUGCAGCAGAUUUUUCGAUACGCAUUGAGAGAUAGAGAGCCCUUUUCCCCCUCCUAUUUCCCCCCCUCUCAUUUCCCUCCUACGCGUGUGUCACGCCUUCCGUUUCUGCAGAUCAGUGGAAAAGUCAAAUGGUGCCGCUGCUGAAGCCGUCCGGGGUUGACUCGCGGCAUCUGGACGGCCUCUCCUUGGAUUUCUUGCUGCUCUUCUGGCGUCUGUCUCUAGAAGACAUCAUUGUGCCGAAUAUCCAAUAUGAGACAUCGCUCAACAAGCUGGAAAAUGCAAUUCAUGAGACGCAGCGCGCGCUCGAAGACAUCGAGCGCUACCGUCGGAAUCUCGGCAGCAGCAGCAGCAGCAGCAGUGGCGGGAGUCAGCCUACUGCAGCCAUGGUGGCUGCGGGGGCUGCUGACUUUAGCAGAAAAGAAGAAGACGGCCUUCGCAAGAAACGAGGCAAGCUGAAACUUCAGCGCCGCGCACUCCUGCAGGAGUGGGAAGAACACAAAGCCCGCCAGGCAGCCGUGCGGUCAGCUUUGCAGGACGAGAGUCGCUCGUGGCUGUUACUGCAGCAGACAGGAAACGAUACUGCGGCUAUGGCGGGGACUGAUGGAGGGCAUGAAGCAGGUGUCUCGUCCUGUGAGGCAACAACACUAGACGGAUCGAUACCUCCUGCAGCUGCGGCAGCCGCUGCCGCAGCUACAGGCGAUGGCAAAUUCGCAAGCUCAAAGAGGGGACCAUUCGCAUUGCGAGCCAUCAUCAAGUACAUGCUGGCGCCUCGCGUGGUGAACUCUGAAGCGGAUGCUCUUUUCUGCGCGCAUUUCGUCUGGCUGCUCGUCGGGUUGCGGCUGCCCCUCUUCAACUUCCUUGACUUUAUGAAUAUCUGGACGCGGAUGCUGGUUCCGAUUAUCAGGAGCAGCACGGAGCGAGAGGCGCAGAUGUUGGGGUUGUUUGUUGCGGAGAUUCUGUCCCCUCUUCGCCGCUGGCUGCAGGACGAACAGGCUUUUGAGAAGGAGACGGCGGGAAACUGUUGCUUCGCACUGACGUACAGGUUCUCCGACAACAAGGCGAAGCACUGCCACCUUACGAAGGGCGCGAAGAAGUGGGAAUCUCGCAUUUUUGACGGCUUGGUGCAGAGUGCACUGGGAGUUUCUGUUUUUGAGGGCACCUGCUGCUUUUCCGAGUCUGCUUGCCUUGCAGGCCUACCACAUGCCUCCGCAGCGACGUCAGCGCCAGACCCUUCAAGCUGGUUGGCAGCGAAAGCGGCUGUUGUUUUCCUUUCGCGGUGUCACGACAGCUUCCCGCUCACGUACAAGCGGGGUGUCGAAUUGAUGCGUCGUCUGAGUGAUGCUCUCACUGCAGCCCAAGCCUGGAACUGGAAGGAUGUCUCUUUGUCAGCGGGUAGCAUCAUGAAGGUGCUGGCUAAGCACCAGAGGGAGGGCUGCUGGCUAGACCCUCUGCCUGCUGCCGCAAUCGCAACUUCCGCAGGAGGGCAAGCGGAUGAAAAAGCAAAGAGUCCUGUUGGCAUGCAGCAAAGGGCAGCAACGCCGUCAAAAGAUGCAUCCCCAACCCCGCAACAGCAGCACGCCAGCAGCAGUAACAGCAGUAGCAGCGGCAGCAAGACAUCUGAGAUGCCAAAUCUACAGCAAACCGCCGCAAGUGCAUCUUCGCCCUUCAGCACGAAGCCUUCAAGGGCGAAGAAUGCGCUUGCGAGCGUCGCUAGCGAGGGAGGGCCCCAGACGAAGCGUGUGAGUAAAAUGGGAGGGUCCAAGACGGAGGCUGCGGAAGGGGGGAGUCGUCCUACAGCCUCAGCGCCCUCCGCUGCAGCAACAGCAGCAGCAGCAGCAGCAGCGGCAGCUACGCCUGCAGCGGCAGUAGCGGCAGCAGCAUCGGGGACGGGGGUGACUGGUGGCAGCAGUACGAAGCCAAUGGCGCGUCCUGCUGCUGCAGCACCCUCCGCUGCUGCUGCUGCACCCUCCGCUGCUGCGGCUGCACCCUCCGCUGCUGCUGCUGCACCUGCUGCAGCAGCAGCAUCUGCUGCUUCCACGACACUGCCUGUACGGCGAAGUCCUCUGGGGCCUGAGGCGGUUUCCAUAAUGAAGGCGCGGAUGGCUGGCCUCCCCACCCCCGUAUUACUUCCCCAGACACCUCAGGGGGACGUGAGGCCCCACAGUAGCAGCAGCAGCAGCAGCAGCAGCAGCAGCAGCAGCAGCAGCAGCAGCAAGGGUGUCCGCAGCACCGUACCGACGUCUGCACCGAGCAAGGCGGAUGCAGCACCAGGAGGGCUGAGUAGCAGCAGCACAGGCAGCAGACUCAGCGGCAGCGGUGCCUCUCCGAGGCAGCUGCGAGCAUCAGAGAGCUCAACUGGGGAAGGGCGUGGGGGUGGCUUUGUGGGGGGCCAUGCCGCAGCAGCCGCUAGCAGCAGCAGCAGCAGCAGCAGCAGCAGCACAAAGGCUGAUGGUGCUGUCGCACGGGGCCGCCAUGAAGGUGGUAGCAGCCUUAAGGUUGCUGAGCACCACGUGUCUACGCGUCAACUGGACGGCAGCAGCAGCAGCUAUAGCAGCAGCAGCAGGAGCACUGCUGCUGGCGUAGGGAUUACCAGUUCGAACAAUGCAGUGCCGUCCGUGACUUGCGGCAGCAGCAGCAGCAGCGCAAGGGCUCAUGCGAAUGACGGGAGUCACUCCUCAAGGGUGCGAAGUGGAAUGCCUAGCAGUAGUGGCAGCGUCCGAGAAGGCUCCAGCAGCAGCAGCAGCAGGCAGCAGCAGCAGCACGGCAGCGGGGGCAGCAGCCGAGACGGGGAUGGACGCUCGUCUAGCAGCAGCAGCAGCAGCAGCAAACAAUCAGCAACCCGAAGCAGCCAUAGCAGCGGGAGCUCGCGUGGCAGUGGAACCAAUGCUAGUGGUAGCAGCAGUAGCAGUGGCAGCAGCAGCAGCAGUAGCAGUGGCAGCAGCAGCAGCAGUAGCAGUGGCAGCAGCAGCAGCAGUAGCAGUAGCAGCAGCAGCAGCAGCAAAGACACCAACAGGCCACGCAUGCAUACGUCGUCAGCUUCCAGGAGUACUAGCGGUGUGUCUAAGACGCGCGUUGCUCCCAAGGCGCCUCCUCCGAUCAUAGCUCCUCGUGGCAUCAGCAGCAGCAAGCCGCUUGCCGGCACUGCAGAGGCCGCUUUAGUGCCGUCGCAUGCGCAUUCUCACGCUCCAUCAGCGGCGACUCAUGGAAGCAGCAGCAGCAACAGCAGCAGCAGUGGAGGCCUUCCCGCCUUCAAUGCCUCUGGCCCUGCCUCGACGAGUCGCUCCCUUGGGGCCGUCGAGGGGUCUUCGGGGAGCAGCAGUUCGAGUGGCUGGCAUACCAAGAGAGAAGGAGAUCCUCAAGAGGGUGAAGAUGAAAGAAAAAGGCCGCGCACCGUUACUGCAGACGCGCACAGCAGUCGACUAUCGGGUUCUCGUAGUAAGGCCAGAAGGCCUAGUACUGUCACUCCACCUCCGCCUCCGCCUCCUCCACCUUCAGGAGGUCUUUCUGCAGCUGUAGAUAGCAGCAGUGCCCCGCAGCCGCGCAACGCUCUGUUUGCUCAGCAUGGCGAGCAGAGACAUGGCAGGAGUUAG